UCCCUCCGCCUGCAUUGCAUUCCAGACUUCACAGACCCGAGAAGCACUGAAGAGGACYGGCUGAAUACAGCGCAGUCAUGCUUCUAACACUGCUUUUCGUUUCCACAGCUGUGGCGACCCCUCUGCUGGGCACUGAGCAGUGUGCUCGUGGCCCCCCCUACUGGUGUCAGAAUGURAAGACGGCGUCUCUCUGCGGGGCUGUGGCUCACUGCCAGGAGAACUUGUGGAACAAGCCUCAGAUGAAAAGUGUACCAUGUGAUCUGUGCAAAGAGGUGUUGAUGGUGGUGGAACAACUGCUGAAAGAUAACGCUACUGAGACUGAGAUCCUUGGGUACCUGGAGAAGGCCUGCCAGCUCAUCCCUGAUCAGAGUUUGACUGCUCAGUGCAAGGAGAUGGUGGAUAACUAUUAUCCCAUUUUAUACGGGAUUAUUGCCGGGGAACUGGACAAUCCUGGUGUUGUGUGCAGCGCUAUGGGGCUGUGCAAGUCUCAGCAGAUGGCUUUAGCUAAGCUCCACGCCCAGGAGGAGCUCAUGUCCAAUGAAAUCCCCACGGCUGACCUGCCAAUGCAAGUUGCUCCUUUCCUCCUCAACGUCCCUGGGCUCCUGUAUCCUCAGGAGAACCUGAAGCAGGAGGAGAGUCCGAAACAAGAAGCUCCAAAGCAGAACGUCGUGUGCGACGACUGCAUCAAGUUUUUGACGGACGCUCAGACAGAAGCCAAGGCCAACUCCUCCUUUGUCAACGCUCUUAUUCAGAGAAUCGAGGACCAGUGUGACCUGUUGGGACCAGGCAUGUCUGAUAUGUGCAGGCAGUAUGUUGGGCAGUACGGCACUAUUGUUGUUCAGCAGCUCAUGUCCAUGGAUCAGCAACCCAAAGAGAUUUGCUCACACGCCGGUUUCUGUGAUGAUGUGAGGAAUUCAGUUCCCAUGCUGAAGCUGCAGGAAGCCAUGACAGUCCCUGCCGCCAAAGCUAUACCUGCUGCCAAGCUUUUCCCCGCCACCAAGGUGGGCUCUCCUGCAGCCAGGCCAAUGGUGCGCGUCCGUGAGUCACCAACAUGUAAGAUCUGUGAGUAUGUGAUGAAACAGCUGGAGUCCAUGCUGGAGGAUCAAGCAACGGAGGAGCAGAUUAUUCACGCUGUGGAGUCCGUGUGCUCAGUCCUGCCCUCCCACCUGACUGCCCAGUGUAAGGACCUGAUCGAAACCUACGGACAGGCCAUCAUCGAGCUGCUGGUGCAGCAGGCCGACCCCAAGACCGUGUGCACGGUGAUGGCGCUCUGCAACGGUGCUAACCGUCAAUAUGUUGUCACACUGGACCAGCCUCGUUAUAAGGCCGGCGGUUACUGUGAGGURUGCAAAAUGGUCGUUAGUUACAUCGACGGCAUUUUGGAGAAGAACGCAACGGAGGCUGAGAUUGAAGAAGCUGUGAAGAAAGUCUGCAGCUUCCUGCCUGACGCUUACAGGACCGAGUGCGACCAGCUGAUUGAACAGUACGAGCCGAUGCUUGUCCAGCUCCUGCUCCAGAUGCUUGACCCAGACUUUGUGUGCACAAAACUGGGAGCGUGCCCUGAAGCCAAGCGUAAGCUGCUGGGAACAGAGCAGUGCACCUGGGGACCUGCAUUCUGGUGCAGGAGCAUGGAAACAGCCACUCUGUGUGAUGCUGAGGCUCACUGCAGACGUCAUGUUUGGGUAUAAACCAGCAUCAUCAAACUUCUUGGGAGGAAAAGAAUACUGUAGUGCUGCUUUCCACUCAAUUUCUAAUAGGCUACAAGCUACAGUGUUUGAUUAAAUUAACUGAUAUUUUGAAUGAUUAUGGUGUAAAGGGACAACCUUUUUAUUUUCUCCCUUUGUUGGAAGUGAUWUAAAUGUGGUAGGCAGAGCUGCAGUCUAAUCCACUGAUUUGAUUUGCUUCAUUUGUUUUUUUGUCUCUGUAUUGCAUAAAUUGUGGCAAAUUAUUGAAAUCUCAGUUUCACAUUUAGGAUAAUGUUUGCAGAACAUCCUGAAUGGUAAAAAGAUCCCAAACAUCACAUUUUAUAAUCAGUUCAUUUUCAGAAAUGAAAUGAUUAUAAAUAAGACCUACAGUAUAACUAGCUUUUUUUUGUAAUGUGUUUUGAACAUUGUUUUAUGAGCUGUUAUGGAAGCUCCCUUUUAUUGUUUGCACUCUACACUCUACUGUUUUAUAAAUAGUUUUUAAGGCACAAAUCUCCAUGUUUGUCUAACAUUCUGCCAAUUCUCAUUUGGUCUGUGAAUUUAACAAAUAAAACUGAUUUCUGAA